GAAGCAGCCUAUUAGUGAGCUCGAGGGCGUGGCGAGGCCUCCGCACGUGCAAACAUUUAAAACCUGUCGAUAACAGCUCGUGCUGUGUUUGCUGGUGCUGUUCGGACCGGAUAAGUUCUGUCCGCGGUUCGCUUUUCCUGUAGCUGGGCUUGAAAACGGAGGAACACAAUGCUGCAAGACGCCUUUGGGUGCGCAGUGGCAAACAGGUUCGGGAAUCUUCUGGACGACGAAGCUGACCCGUUCGACCUGAUCAGCGAGGUGGAGCUGGAGAAGAAGAAAAUUAAUAAGAAGGAAGAUGAUAAGAAAGGCAAGCAGAAGAAACCUGGGCAGAAGGAAUCCCAGAGGAACAGACGCCUCCCGGUCGCUUCGGGUGGUCUGGAUCUGGUUCCAGGGGGACGGCAAAAGGAAUGUCCACCAUUAGUGACGGAGGGCAGAGACGGCAGAUCCGAAGCCCAGAGGAACGUGAAGAGAGGAGGUGCUGCAGACCAGCGCAAACUGAAGCAAGAGAACCAGCUGGAGGUCUCAAUCCCAAAGCCAUUUUAUAAUGAAGCCUCUGACUUCAGCAGCAGAGGGGAAUCUAGAGGCCGAAGUGGAGCUAGAGGUGGGGGAUACUCAAGAAACUCUGAUAACCUUUAUCUGAGAGGCAAGAGAGAAUAUGAUCGGCACGAUGGAACAGGGAUCUUUCCAGAAGAAAAGCGAGGAGGCAGAGGACCUUGGAACUGGGGCAGUCCUGUGGAACCUGGGAGUGAAAUGAUGGAGGUGAUGACUGAUGAUGGAGUCAAAACUGAGGAGCCACAAUCAACUUUGGAGGACGAGAAUCCAAACCAAACGAUGAAUGAGGAGAACGAGGUGGUGGUCCAGGUCGCGAUGGAGAUGACCCUGGAUGAGUGGAAGGCCAUGCAGGAGGUGAACCGUCCCAAAGCGGAGUUUAAUAUCCGCAAAGCGGAGGACAAGAUUCCCUCCAAAGCGAAGGUCAUUCACCAGUCAAAGUACCUGGAGAACACAAGGGAGACUGUAGAGGAGCUUGAGGAAGAAGGAAACUUCUUUCGCAGGUCGAUGAAUGACAUCACCACCCUCUUGGACAUAAACUUUGGGACUCUUGGACGCCCGAGUCGCGGUGGCCGAGGAAGAGGAGCACGCGGUGGUCAAAGCAUUCGCCCCGAGAGAGCCAGACCCAUAUAUGAAAGGAAAGAUGAAAUGGCACCUAAUCCUGAUGACCCAGAAGAUUUCCCUGCCCUAACAGGAGGAAGAUGAUUGAAUUGACUUGCAGCCUUCUACAGAACUGUUCACGUUUCUGUUCUUGAGGUUUUCUUGCACUUAAAACACUGCUCAAUAAAAGCUUUUGCAAAGUUA